AUUGCGCCAAUUGCUUAUUUGCUUUUGAGCUGAAUUAGCUGAUUGGCACUUCUUGCCUCUCACCAAAAAGAAGGUCAGGGUUCAUGCUCAUGGAAUAUUAAGUAGCAUUUGGGAUAAGUGCCCCCAACCCAUAUAUGUAUAGUGAUAUAGAGUGGAUUCUAGAGGAAAUUGUAGUGUGCAACUGUGCAUACAUUUAUGAUAUAUCUCCACUCCUUGCCAGCCAUUACUCUUAUAAAAAGCAUCUUGCUUCUGCAACACCAGAGGACCUCAACACCUUCCAGACUUCUAUUCCUAUUGCCUUUUCUCCACAUUUUGCCUCAAAGUGAGAGUUAAAGAUGUGCCUCUUCUUCAUUGUUGUAUCCCUUCUUGCUGUGUGUGUCGAGCCUCAAGAACUCAGCCCAGAAAACAUAUUUCUUCUUGGGGGACAAAGCAACAUGGCUGGACGCGGAGGCGUUCCCAAGGUGAAUGGUCAUUGGAAUAAGAAAGUCCCAGCAGAAAGCAGUCCCAACCCUUCCAUUCUACAACUCAGUUUGCACAAGACAUGGGUUGUAGCACAUGAGCCUCUUCAUGAAGAAAUUGACAAAUACAAGACAUGUGGGGUUGGACCAGGCAUGCCUUUUGCUCAUGAAGUCUUGGCAAAGGACCCCAACUUUGGGGUGAUUGGUCUUGUGCCUUGCGCCAUAGGGGGCACUAAGAUCACUGAUUGGGCCAAGGGAAGUAGCACUGGUCAUUACAAGCAAUUGGUUGAAAGAGCUAACGCGUCCUUAAAGAGUGGUGGCAAAAUCAAAGCGCUUCUGUGGUAUCAAGGGGAGUCUGAUACUCAACAACAAACUGAUGCUAGAUUGUAUAAGAGAAGAUUGAGGAGGUUGUUUACAAACAUUCGAGCUGAUCUGAACUCUCCAAAUCUACAAAUAAUACAGGUGGCUCUAGCGUCAGGUUAUAACAACACUCUAAAAGAGAUUGUUAGAGCUGCUCAGCUGGGAAUUGACCUCCCAGACCUGCAAACUGUUGACGCCAAAGGCCUGCCACUUGAACAGGAUCAUCUGCACCUAUCCACAGCAGCUCAGGUUCGAGUCGGGAAGAUGUUGGCUAAUGCAUUCCUUCAGUUCCCACACUGCAGCGGCCUCAGAUGAGUUCCUUGCAACUCGCUAAAAUAUCUGAUAUGUAAACAAAAACCUUGCCUGUUCACAUCAUUAGGAAUUGGUCUGAUGAAUCUUAGCCAAGGAAGCAUGUAGACAUUCAUUUUUAUUUAUGAUUUUUGAGAAAUAUGUCGGAGUUUUAUAUGCAUUCUGCAUUAAAAAAACUGUCAUGCAGGUUUGUAUACAGUACAAGAUUAUGGGAAAGGAAUGGUUAAUCACGGCAUAUUAUACAUGUUGACAAGCAAUUUACAGAAUUUGCUUGUAGUGGGGAAAGCGAAAAAUAAAUAAAA